GGAUGUUAACGUGUCAUAUAUUAGAAUAUGAGGUUGCUCAAUGUUCUCAUAGGUUGGAUCGAGUUGUCUGGGGCAACAGCAGGAAAUACAGUGUUACCACUGGCCCACAACAACAACAUGAGCUGUCAGAAAGGGUUAUUACAGCCGAGUGAAUCAGACAGAGGGAGGUAGGAGGAGAGAGAUUGGCAGAGAGAGGGAGAGAGAGUGAAAGAGCGAAAGAGAGAGGGAGGGGAGGAGGAGAGCUUAGGGUUGAGGGCUGGGUGAGUGAGUGGGAGUGCUGCACCAGAGAGCGAGAGAAAGAGAGGACGUUGGCGGGAUUCGAACGAGAAAGGCAAAGAGAAAGACUGGAACAAGUGUGCACACGGACAUUGUCGAAAGCACGAGGAUCGUGGGUGUGUGUGUGUGUGUGUGUGUGAGUGAGUGUGUGUGUGUGAGUGUGCGCAGCGCAGUGCACGUGCGUGUGUGUCCGUGUUGAGUUACAGUGAUGUUGGAGCACUCGUCUGAACGAGGCUUUGUGCCGAGUGUGUGUGUGGAUGGCAUGCGCUACUCCACCACCACCACCACCAACCCUGUCACCAUGAGGACCAGUGAGGAGCUGCUGCUGAGUAACGGCACAGCUGGGAAAAUGAACGGAGCUCUGGAGCAUUCGGAUCAGCCGGAUCCUGACGCAAUUAAGAUGUUCGUGGGUCAGAUCCCUCGCUCCUGGUCUGAGAAGGAGCUGAAGGAGCUGUUUGAGCCGUACGGCGCCGUCUAUCAGAUUAACAUCCUGAGGGACCGCAGUCAAAACCCACCACAGAGCAAAGGAUGCUGUUUUGUCACAUUCUACACACGGAAAGCUGCUCUCGAGGCCCAGAAUGCCCUGCACAACAUCAAAACCUUAACUGGGAUGCACCAUCCCAUUCAGAUGAAGCCUGCAGACAGUGAGAAAUCAAAUGCGGUGGAGGACAGGAAGUUGUUUAUCGGCAUGGUGUCAAAGAAGUGUAAUGAGAACGAUAUCCGGGUCAUGUUCUCUUCCUUCGGUCAGAUUGAGGAGUGUCGCAUCCUGAGAGGGCCAGACGGACUUAGCCGAGGAUGUGCGUUUGUCACGUUUUCUACCAGGGCUAUGGCACAGAAUGCAAUCAAAGCCAUGCAUCAGUCUCAGACCAUGGAGGGUUGCUCCUCCCCCAUGGUGGUGAAGUUCGCCGACACUCAGAAGGAUAAGGAGCAGCGGCGGCUGCAGCAGCAGUUAGCUCAGCAGAUGCAGCAGCUGAACAGCGCCUCCGCCUGGGGAAGUCUGACCGGCCUGACCGGCCUCACCCCUCAGUACCUGGCAGUAAGAGGCCACACCCACUCGGCCACGCCCAUCAGCACAACAUUGCUACAGCAGGCGACUUCGUCCAGUAAUCUAGGAGCGUUCAGUGGGAUCCAGCAGAUGGCAGGUAUGAACGCUCUGCAGUUACAGAAUCUGGCCACUCUAGCAGCGGCCGCCGCGGCAGCUCAGAGUUCAGCCAGCCCGUCCACCGCUAGUGCCCUGACCUCCAGCACAGGCUCCCUGGGAGCCCUGGCCAGCCCAGCAGCAGGUUCCACAGCUAACUCGAGUGCAGGAGCGAUGGGUUCUCUCGGCUCUUUGGGAACCCUGCAAGGCCUCGCUGGGGCCACCGUGGGCCUCAACAACAUUAAUGCACUAGCAGGUAGCGUCAACAUUGCUCACAUGCUCUCAGGUGUGGCUGCCCUGAAUGGCGGCGGCUCGGCCGGCCCCAUGGAUGCCCUCACUCAGGCUUACUCAGGAAUCCAGCAGUAUGCCGCCGCCGCCCUGCCCACACUCUACAGCCAGAGCUUACUGCAGCAGCAGAGCGCCGCCGGGAGCCAGAAGGAGGGACCAGAAGGGGCAAACCUUUUCAUCUAUCACCUGCCGCAGGAGUUUGGGGACCAGGACAUUCUGCAGAUGUUUAUGCCUUUUGGAAAUGUAGUGUCGGCCAAAGUGUUCAUCGACAAACAGACCAAUCUGAGCAAGUGCUUCGGUUUCGUCAGUUAUGACAAUCCCGUGUCGGCACAAGCGGCCAUUCAGGCGAUGAACGGGUUUCAGAUUGGAAUGAAGCGCCUGAAGGUGCAGCUGAAGCGCUCUAAGAACGACAGCAAGCCCUACUGAUCUUAUUGCUAGGGCCAGUCCUCUCUGUCCCUACAAUGCUAGGAAACUCAUCUCCAUGACUCUUUGCUCAUCGUUUGCCUAGCAUGUCUACGUGGCGUUCAAAACAAAACAAAACAAAAAAAAAAAAAGUCUCAUCGUCUCGUCAUUGUCUCCGAUGUCUUUCUGAGUUCUCCUGAUCAUAAUCUGGUCUCCUCCUACUGAUCUCUCCUCGACUUUGAUCUUAGCUUUGGUCUUUGUUGGGUAAUUUUUUUGUUGUUUUUUUUGUUUUUGCAUGUGACCUCAUUUGGAGCUUUUUACCUGUUUUUUUUUCUGUUUUGGACUUUUUGUUGUUGUUGUUGUUUGUGUUCUUUCUCUUUUUAUUAGAACAGUCUGGGGAGGGAUAUGGGGGGGGAGGAAGGAAGGAAGGAAGGAAGGAAAGAAGGAAGGAAAAAAAAAAUAAAUCUAAUGAUAACAAAUGUGAAAAAGCUUAAGCGCUAAAGCCGCAUUCAACACUCGCAAAAAUAGGUAGAGUCUAUUUAAUAGUAUAACCCGAAGCGUCAUCAUUUUAAGAAGCGCUGUUUUUAAACAAUUUCACAAAUGUGUACUUAAUAAUAAUAAUAAUAAUUAAAAAACACACACGCACACAAACCUGUGGCAAAGAAAUUAAAAGAAUUUGCAUCGUUUGCUAGCUUAAAUUUUUUCCUUUUGAUUUGCUUUACAUUUCAUUUUUGUUUUUGUUUUUUGUUUUUUUGUUUGGUUUUUUUGUUUUUGUUCAUUCAUUUAAAGUAAACUUGAAAGUACAAUACAGGGAUUGGCUUCGGGACUUCCUGUCAGCACGUUUUCGUGGUACGGGACCGUGCAGGAAGACCGAGCUGGUUUCUACGAGAACUAGACUACUUCCAAGCAGUUUUAAUACAAAAAAAAUCACAAAAAAAAAACUGUCUAAUUGAACUUAAGAGUCUCUCAGAGCGAGCUUGUGGUUUUUACAUUUUUCAGGCAGUGUAAAGUUUUUUGAUAAGGCCAUUUGAAGUGGCUCGGUUUCUCAUUAAAGUCUAUAUAAAAACCACUUUUUUCUAGAGUAGUAAAGGUAUUAAAAAAUGACAAAAAAAACACAAAAAAAAACAACCAAAAAAAGGAAAAAACAAAGAAAAAAAAAGAGUGCCCUGUUUGGGGGGGAAAUGCUACCUACAUGUCACACCUUUUUGCUGAACUGAUCUACCGUUAGACAAUCCGUGGUAUAAAUGCACAUGAAAUGACCUAUAUUUUAUACUGUUUAAAUGUAUAGAGGAAAAAAAAACAACAAAAAAAAAAACGACAGUUUGUGUGACCCGCGUUCCCGUCGGUGCUUUUUGUGGAUCGAGUCGUGAUUUCAUCACAAGUCUAAUAGUCUUAUUCGUCUUGUGUUUUUAAAGAGAAGACUAAAAAUCGGUUUACUUGAACAUAGACAAAAAUCCUAUCAUAGUACUAUUGCUACUAGAGUAUACCUGUUUUUUUUUUUGUUUGUUUGUUUUUUUCGUUUGUUUGUUUGUUUUUUGUUUUUUUUGUUUUUCUUCUUCUUUUUUUUUAAGAGUCCCUAUUUGAAAUUUCUUGUCGGGUAAAUUAGCUAUAUAAACCUUUUACAAUGUCAGCUUGUGAAGCAUCAAUGUCAUUAUUCUUAUGAUUUUUCAAUUUCAAAUUGUGGGAAACAAUAUUUAGAUGUGUUGUUGCGUUCAGCGAAAUGUACUUCUUCUUCUUCUUCUUCUUCUUCAUUUUUUUUUUUUGUUUUUUGUUCUUAUAAAGGAAACAAACAAAACAAAAAAGAAAGAAAAAAAAAAAAAAAAAGAUGAGUGGACUUUAGUGCCAAAUUCUGACGGUACAUCCUGCCUACAGCUUCAGUGUAUUACUUGUGUGAAAUGAUUUGAUAACAUGGGUAUUUUAUUACGUAAGUGUUUUGUAUCCCUCAUAUUUAAGGAUAUAGAUUUAAAAAAAAGAAAAAGGAAAAAGAUAAAAAAAAAAAAAAAUCAAGCGGUUGUUAACUUGCUACUCUGUGGUCUUGUUGCCUGAACUGUUCACGUUUUUGCUUUCUUUUCUUUUCUUUUCUUUCUUUCUUUCUUUUAAAGAUGUAAAAAGUGCCCAUGUGUCAUUCUCUCUCUCUCUCUCUAUCUCUAUCUCUUACACACACACAUACACUCUCACACACAUGCACGUGCACAACCAUACACACACACAUGCACGCAUGCACACACCUGCGCUAAAGGUUGACCUCACAGCCCUCUUUUCUUCGAUGGUGUGUGUAUGUGAGCCCCCUGAGCACGAGUCUCAGCAGCACACACACUUACACACACACACGCGCGCGAAUUGGCAUCAUAUCACUAACCUGAGUAGCCAAUCGAAAUCAGAGGUGAGCUGUAAAGAGGUGUGUUGCUCAUCGGCAGGCAUGUGUCGAUCGACGUUAUGAAGUUUCAUAUCAUACUACAAUCACCGUAUGAUUUAUUUCUUUAUUUCUUUCUUUUUAAAGAGAGAACUCGUUUGCGUGAUGUCAUAGGGCUGCUUUUUUUUUUCCCCUCGAGGAUAAAGCGUCAGAAAAGUGUACCUGAUGUUUAAUCUUACUUAAGAAGACCUUAGAGUUAAAAGAACUAAUUGAAAUAAAUAAUUAAAUAAAUAAAUACAUAGCAUUUGGUAUGUUCAACGCAUCGAGACAGGGAGUGAGCGUAAAACUAAUUGGUUCCACGGGUAAAAUUCAGGCGAACGCAGGAGUUAGCAGCGACAGCGGAGGGAUAAUCCGGAGAGCAGAUCAGACCCCUGAGCAUUUGGCGUCUGUCACGUACAUGAUGACACAAUUUACUGGUUGAUGAGAUUGCAUGAAAUUCGAUCCUUUAACAGAGUUCAAAUCACAUCAUGCCACAUAUUUAGGGCUUUAGAGUUUACAGUCAGUUCGGACUCGAUGCUUUAAAGCGAGAGGGAUAGAUGUACUGAAGCGUCACACUGAAGCUUAAAACACACCUGUGCAUAUGCUGCCUUCUAUCCAGGACAGACUUUCUAUCUCAGAAGCACAAGCACUGCCCAGAAAAUGCCUCUUCACCUCCCACAUUCCACCACCCAGGGUUAGUGACCAUCAUAUUAAUACCACGUGUCAUCUACAGAUACGGUAACGUGUUAGGAGUUAUCGGCACAUGCCUGUUUGCCUCUGUCUAUUUCUCUCUCUGUCUCACACUCUCUCUCUCUCUCUCUCGCGUGCUGUCUCUCUCUCUCUCUCUCUCUCUCUCUCUCUCUCUCUCUCUCUCUCUGCUUCUUCAGGUCUUUAAAGCAGCCUGACGCCAAAAAGGACAACUCGCCCGUCCACAGUUCCACAUUUUCCCAUUGCACUUUUUGUCGAAAACGUUUACACGUGUUGUAAAUGGCCCGUAUAAUACAGUACAAUCUUGUUUACAGACGUGGUUUACAGCCGGCCCCCCCUAAAAACCCCUGUUUACUUCACUGAAGCACUAUUUUCUACCCAAAUCCUGCCGUUGCCUUAACAUGACGCUCAGUAUUAGUGGGGUGGAAUAGGCUGCUGCCUGAGUGCUGCCAAGGUUAUUUGUUGCGUUUGUGUUUGGUGUGCAUGUCUGUGUGUGUGUGUGUGUGUGUGUGUGUUUUGUCUCAAAAAUACACCCAAGGUUUUACCAUACCAACAAAUGCAACAACUGCCAAACACAGAGCUGCAGGGAGGUGCAUCCUUCACCAGCUUCAACAGCAACGCUUCGGACGUUACUACUGUCUUUUGCUGUUCGUCAGUUGCACAAGCACAAAAAAAAAGCACAUGCCAAAUGGAAUCCUGAGCACAAUGACGACUUAACACGUCAGCGUCCUGACGGCUCCUCCAGCUCGCAGGAUGUGACGUCACGUGACACUGCCAUUUCAGUUUAUUCACACAAUCCCACUCACAGGAGUUUCUCAUGCUGUAAUCACUCACUCUCAGUAAUCCUGCUGGAUCCGGGAAAGCCUGUCCCGGGAAUACUGAGUGUGAAGCGGGAAACACACCCUGUACUUGAGAACAUGUAGUUUACUACAGUUUAAUAAGAAGCAGAUUUCUGUUUUUUCAAGCACACGUACAUUAAGCACAUGUAUUUGUAUUCAUUUUUUUUUUAAUGGCUUGAAUAGAAUCAGAAGAAUAUUUUAGUAUCUUAAUACAUAAAACUUAUUGGACUAAUCCUUAAUGGAUUCGCUUGGCAGAUUCGAGAUGGGUUUAUUAUAGAAGUGAGCUGCAUGGGAAGUGUGAUAUUGGUACAUGUUAGUUUAAACUAAUAAACAAGCUGACUCGCUUGCUUGAUCGAAUGGUUAAGACGGUACGCUACCACGUUUCUGAGCAAGCUUGAAGCAACUGAAUUAUUAAAACAACUGUAACAUAUAUAGAUAUGAAAACGUUUGACUCCCAGUGGAUUUGCUCCGUUAAUCAGUCAGACACUUCAGGUCUUGCCCUAAAGCACAAGACAAUGACAAGCUGAUUUCCCAGUCAACCUGCAAAGCAUUUUGGGUUGGUUUUAUUACUGAAAUGGUGUUUAGUGAUCCCAUCCUUCACACUACCAAGGGCUCAUCCUCAUUUGAACAAACUUCCCUCCAGCUGAGAAAGUAGUGCCGCUUGCCCUUGAAAAAGCGACAGGGAUCCAGCCAAGGCGCUGUGGCUGAGCGAGAGCUAGGCGUAGGAGGGAGGUUUAAAACAGUAUUGGAACAAGGCCAGUGUUGUUGUUGAUGAUCGUGAAGAGAAUGAUGAAGAGUGAACACUUGAUAUCGCUGCACUAUGGUGUGCUCAAAUGGCAGGGGGUUAAACCGACAAAUGUUAAUCUGUUACGUCUCCCGUUGUGUGUGUGUGUGUGUGUGUGUGUGUGUGUGUAUCAACGUAGUCUGCUUCGCCACUAUCAAAACAAACAGGGUAAGAUUUUACGAUCUCGCUACGCACACAAUCCCCGACAUUUCUUUCACACACACACACACACACACACACACAUUAGCUGUUUAGUAAAGCACAAACUCGUAAGGGUCUUUGCAGACGUGCUCGCUGAGGCUCUUUACUCAGGGGUUUUCUUCACCACACACAUCUUCUCUUCUGUAAUCUGUUUGUUCUUUCUGUUUUUUGCUUUCUUCUUAAGUGCUAUUUAACAACAGUGUAUUUUACAAGGAAAAAAAAAAAACAACAACGUGGAGUUUCUUUGCAUUUUUCGCUUCUUAUGUCAAGUUUUUUGGACGACAAAAAGAAUAAUACUGUAUGUGUGUUGAUCUGAUGUGCCGUAUAAAACAAAAAAGCUUGUUGUCUGUAGAUUAAUAUCAUUUUGUUUGAUUCUAAAAUGGAUUUGAAUAGUUUUAAGUAUUGUCUUGAGAAAAGCCAAAGUCAAUGCAUUUCAGUGGAUUAUGUAAGCGUGGUACAUGUUUGUUUGACUCCUUGGAAUCUGUCAUUGGAUGGAAUUUAAAAAGUACAAAAAAAAAACAAAACGCAGGCUUUCCUAUUUCUAAAACUGAUUGUACUUAUGCCUUUUGUACCAGUGCAACUUUUUAUACUGGCAAUUAAAGAAAAAAAAAAACAAAAAACAAAAAAAACCUAUCAAGAGUCUGUCUGACCCGGCGCAGGGGGUCGGCCAGCGGCUGUUCCCGAGUUUUGAUUUCUAAGUUGGCAUCCAGGAUGGUUAAGUUUUAAUAUAAAGCUUUUCUAGCACUUUGGCUUGGUAUCUUUGACCUUUUGACAUCUUCUUCUUCUUCUUCUUCUUCACUUCAGCGUUUGGUUUCCUUUCACUUAAUCUCUUUCUUUGUUUUGUUUUUUUCUUGUUUUCAUGUUUAUUUUUUGGAAAGAGGGUCGGGAGUUUUCCUUUUGGCUUACCAAUACUUAAAGAAAAAAAAAAAAAAAAACAAAAAAAAACAUAAGCGUUUGUCUUUUUCAAAGAGUCUUUACGAAGGCCGUAAGUUUCAUUUUGUUCGGUAUAUUGUGCAGUCUCCAUGAUAAGACGUUUAGACGAUUUAGAAGUAUUUAGUCCCCUUCAGUGGAUAAAUGUAUUAGUUUGACAAAGAGAUAAAAACAAGUAAUUUGAGGACUUUUUUGCUUUUAGCUGUUUAGAUUUUUCUGGUUUCUCUGUCCUUCGCUGUUAACCUAACUGUGUAGCUGAAACAGUCAGACUUAUUUUUGUAAAUGUACGUUCUUGUGUGAUGCAGUUUUUUGCUUCUGUCUCCGAUAUUAAAUCAUUUUUCCUAAUACUCGUCUCUCUCUCUGUGCUGUGGUGUUCCAGUAUCUGUCUGAUGUUGUAACAGCGUUUACACAACCCUCCAGUGUUCCACCUCUCUCUUUCUCUCUCUCUCUCUCUCUCUCUCUCUCUCUCUGUCUUUCCUACUUUGUUCUUUACUGUUUGACGUCUUUUGUUGUGUUUGACGCAUUAGUGCAAUUGGUUUCAUCUACUCUUCACCAAAAUCUCAUCGCCAAACGUGGUAAAUAUACAUAGAGAUGUUUUAUAUGUAUAUUUCUGUGCAGCCCAAUUUGCUGUGACAGUAGAUGGACAGCCUUGUUUGUUUUUUUUUCUUUCUUCUUUUUAAUUCCCGUAGUUAAAACGUUCACCUCUCUAAUUGAAAUUAAAAAAAUGCCUUGUCAGAAAUUUAGUCUCAGAGUUUUCCAGCACUACAAAUCCACCACCCGCUCUAUAAGCAGACGAAAUGGUAUCUGGAAUCUGUAUAAAAUGUGAGCUAACAAGCUAUCAAGAUUUUUAGACUAAAUAAAAAGAGGAAAGUGGAUUUAGCAGCCCUGCCUACAGGCCUGUGCUGUUCUGUACUGUCGGCUCUUCUGGGCGAAGCUCCCCGUGUCCCUAUGUCCUUGUUCCUCUCCGCUCUGUCCUGUCCUUGUCUUUACUGCAUCCCUUACAGAGAUACCAGAGAGUCCAAAUUAAUGCAGGUAUUUUACAAGUUCACUUUUUUUCCCUUUUUUUUGGUGUUUGAUUUAUAAAACAGAGCAGAAACAUAACUGGGUUUAUUUCGGGGGUUUCAGUAAUGAAAAAAUUGUAUUUAAAAACAACAAAAAAAAUGGUACCUUUUUUUAUUUUAUUUAUUUUUAUUUUGUUCAGAUUUCAGACACAAUGGUUUGACAGUUUAUAAUAUAUACCUACUGUACCUCACAGCUACACAUAUUAGCCAUGAUGAUAUCAUUUAAAUGGACCACAGUAUAAGAUCACAGUUUACACUCUAUCAUCUUUUUCAUACAUGGUAAAUGCUGCCAAAAUAAAAGGCUUUAGAUAAUGCUUUGCUUCUAGGAAAUAAUAUUACAACUUCCAGUCAAUUCUGUUUCUGGUGGCUACAUCACACUGUUAACUACUUUGAUACAUCCACUGUGCAAUAUUCCUUAAAUAUUCCUGCAUGCGAUAAACCACACACCAUUUGCUACCUAUGCUAGCUGGGUGAUUUGUGUAAGUGAGUGUUAAGAAAUAAGGUCUAAAUUAUUUUUACUUUCUCACAAUAUAAGAAUUAUUAUACCAAAGUGAACUUCUGAAAUCGAAGUGGUUCAAAAGUGUUGAUUUUUUUUCUCCGAAUCUAGCUAAUUCUAAUGCAUGACGUUAUACAGGGACCGCCACAUGAUCUAAGCCUAAUAAUAAACUGAUUUUAAAAACA